AUGGAGAAGCUGGCGGCCGGGCUGGCCGGCCUGCGCUGGAGCAUGGGCGCCUUCCCGCUCGACCUCAUCGUCAGCCGCUGCCGCCUGCCCACGCUCGCCUGCCUCGGGCCAGGGGAGUAUGCCGAGGGUGUCAGUGAGAGAGACAUCCUGCUCAUUCACUCCUGCCGCCAGUGGACAACAGUGACAGCCCAUACCCUGGAGGAGGGCCACUACGUCAUCGGACCCAAGAUUGACAUCCCCCUGCAGUACCCAGGGAAGUUCAAGCUCCUGGAGCAGGCCCGGGAUGUGCGGGAGCCAGUGAGGUACUUCAGCAGCGUGGAGGAGGUGGCCAGCGUCUUCCCUGACCGCAUCUUUGUGAUGGAAGCCAUCACCUUCAGCGUCAAGGUGGUGUCGGGCGAAUUCAGCGAGGACAGCGAGGUGUACAACUUCACGCUUCACGCGGGCGACGAGCUCACUCUCAUGGGCCAGGCGGAGAUCCUGUGCGCCAAGACCACCAAGGAGCGCUCGCGCUUCACCACGCUGCUGCGCAAGCUGGGCCGGGCCGGGGCGCUGGCCGGGGUGGGCGGCGGCGGCCCCGGGGGCGCGGGGGCCGCGAGCGGCGGUGGCGCCAGGCCCAUCAAGGGCAAGAUGCCCUGCCUCAUCUGCAUGAACCACCGCACCAACGAGAGCCUGAGCCUGCCCUUCCAGUGCCAGGGCCGCUUCAGCACGCGCAGCCCCCUGGAGCUGCAGAUGCAGGAGGGCGAGCACACGGUGCGCGCCAUCAUCGAGCGCGUGCGGCUCCCGGUGAACGUGCUGGUGCCCAGCCGGCCGCCGCGCAACCCUUACGACCUGCACCCGGUGCGGGAGGGCCACUGCUACAAGCUGGUCAGCAUCAUCUCCAAGACCGUGGUGCUGGGGCUGGCGCUGCGCCGCGAGGGCCCGGCGCCGCUGCACUUCCUGCUGCUCACCGACACGCCGCGCUUCGCGCUGCCGCAGGGCCUCCUGGCCGGGGACCCGCGCGUGGAGCGCCUGGUGCGCGACAGCGCCUCCUACUGCCGCGAGCGCUUCGACCCCGACGAGUACUCCACGGCCGUGCGCGAGGCCCCCGCCGAGCUGGCCGACGACUGCGCCAGCCCGCGCCGCGCGCGCCUCUGCCUGCCCGCGCCCCCGCGCGCCCCCGCCCGCGCCCCCGGCCCGCCCGGCGACGGCGACCAGGAGUACGUGAGCCCGGACUGG